CUGAUUUGACAGAUGAUUCACGUGUGAGCUGCAGCUGCUGCUCUCUGACUCUUUACACAACUCUCAAACAGUUGUUGCUCAGCAGUAAUGGAGUCCAGCAGGAUCCUGAUAAAAGGAGGCAAAGUAGUAAACGAAGACUGCUCCGCGAUCAGCGACGUCUACAUUGAAAAUGGAAAAAUAAUCGAAGUUGGACCGAACCUUCAAAUCCCGGCGGGAGCGCGAGUCAUCGAUGCCACGGAUAAGCUGGUGAUGCCAGGCGGCAUCGACACGCACACUCACAUGGAGCUGGCGUUCAUGGGCACCAAGGCCGUGGACGACUUCUACAUCGGGACAAAGGCUGCUCUCGCAGGAGGGACCACAAUGAUCCUGGACUUUGUCAUCCCCCAGAAGGGCAAAUCUCUUCUUGAGGCCUACGACCGUUGGCGUCAGACGGCUGACCCCAAAGUUUGCUGCGACUAUUCGCUCCAUGUUGCUGUCACGUGGUGGAGUGAGAAGGUCAAGAAAGAGAUGGAGACUCUGGCCAAAGAAAAAGGAGUGAACUCCUUCAAGAUGUUCAUGGCCUAUAAAGACGUGUUCAUGCUGCAGGACUCGGAGCUUUAUGCUUCGUUCUCCCAGUGUAAGGAGAUCGGAGCUAUAGCUCAGGUUCACGCUGAGAACGGAGAUCUGAUCGCAGAGGGAGCUAAGAAGAUGCUGGCCCUGGGCAUCACUGGACCCGAGGGUCACGAGCUGUGUCGACCAGAGGAGGUGGAAGCCGAGGCCACUCAGAGAGCCAUCACCAUUGCAAAUGCUGUCAACUGCCCACUCUAUGUGGUCCAUGUCAUGAGCAAAUCCGCAGCCAAGGUUGUGGCUAAUGCACGCAGAGAUGGCCGUGUGGUGUUUGGGGAGCCCAUUGCAGCAGGCCUGGGCACAGAUGGUACCAACUACUGGCACAAGGAGUGGGCACACGCUGCAGGCUUUGUUAUGGGUCCUCCACUAAGACCUGACCCCAGCACUCCUGGGUACCUUAUGGAUCUCCUGGCCAAUGAUGAUCUUAGUCUGACGGGGACAGACAACUGCACCUUCUCUGUGUGCCAGAAAGCACUGGGAAAAGACGACUUCACCAAGAUCCCUAACGGAGUGAAUGGUGUGGAGGAUCGGAUGUCUGUCAUCUGGGAGAAGGGAGUGCACAGUGGCAAAAUGGACGAGAAUCGAUUUGUCGCCGUCACCAGCAGCAACGCAGCGAAAAUCUUCAACUUCUACCCGCAGAAAGGCCGUAUUGCCAAGGACUCUGAUGCUGAUGUGGUUAUAUGGGACCACAAGAUGACAAGGACCAUAUCAGCCAAGACUCACCACCAGGCUGUGGACUACAACAUCUUCGAAGGUAUGGAGUGUCACGGUGUCCCCGUCGUCACCAUCGCCGGAGGGAAAGUGGUCUAUGAGGAAGGGCAGCUGAAGGUGUCGCCAGGGCACGGGAAGUUCAUCCACAGAAAACCCUUCUCCGAGUUUGUUUACAAAAGAAUAACACAAAGGGAGCAGGUGGCACAACCGACAGCUGUGAUCAGAGAACCCUAUGAAGGCAAAGUCAUUUCUCUGUGAACAACUGAACUAGAACAUGAAAGACACUUUGAGCUCCAGCUGUGUGUCUCAUGUGAGUCACAGAAGUCACACUCAUCCCAGACCCAGAGCUGCACCACUUCCUCUUGUGUUGGUGUAGAGCUGUCCAAGCACAUGUGACGAAUUGUGCACGACUGGAUUUAAUGAAUAGAUAUAUAGAUAUGCAGACAGUUGGCAGGUUCUAUUUCUCAACCAUAUAUGAUUCCUCUGAACCGUUUUACUCAGAUGCUUUUACAAAGAGGUUUGGACAGUUUGCAUUGAAAAGAGAAUCGUACAAUUUGCCACAUCACGCAAGAUUUGAAUCCACAUUUUCAGUGACACAACACUAGCUCUUUCUUUGACAUUGACUCAUAGAUCUGAAGACUUGGGUUCAGUUCCUAAAAAGCAUGCGGCUAUUUUUACUGAGCUAUACUAAACAAUACUUUCUUGGUACUUUUAAUUUCUGUUUGUUGGGCUGAACCACAGAGAAACAAUUCAUCUUCUGAAAGACUGAGUUAUUUGAGCGACCUGCUCUGACAUGUGUGCAACGUUGGAUUGUUUACACUGAAUAUUGGAUUUUCAAAAUCAACUUCAUUACACCUACAUUUUAAGAUCCACAACUCAGUGUCCACAAAAUACAGAGGAAUUGUUUCACACAAA